AAGUGUCCGGACUGGAAGGGGGGGGUGAAAGUGUCCGGACUGGAAGGGGGGGAAAGUGUCCGGACUGGAAGGGGGGGAAAGUGUCCGGACUGGAAGGGGGGGAAAGUGUCCGGACUGGAAGGGGGGGAAGUGUCCGGACUGGAAGGGGGGGGAAAGUGUCCGGACUGGAAGGGGGGGAAAGUGUCCGGACUGGAAGGGGGGGAAAGUGUCCGGACUGGAAGGGGGGAAAGUGUCCGGACUGGAAGGGGGGGGGAAAGUGUCCGGACUGGAAGGGGGGGAAAGUGUCCGGACUGGAAGGGGGGAAAGUGUCCGGAC